GGAGGGCUCUCCAGGGAAAAAGCAAACUCCGAGGGCCCCACGGCUCCCACAGCGCCUUGUCCCCACACCCCUGCCCCCCGCUAUAAGGGCCUCCGCCCCAGGCAGGGCACCCAGGCUGGGGAGGCGACAUGGCCAGGUCACACCUGCUCCCAUGGCUGCUGCUGCUGCCCACGCUCUGGGGCCCGAGUGCCGCUGCAGCUGUCUGGGGUACCCCGGCCUCGGCCUGUGCCCAGGGCCCCGAGUUCUGGUGUCAGAGCCUGGAGCAAGCGCUGCAGUGUGGAGCCCUGGGGCACUGCCUGCGGGAAGUCUGGGGACACUUAGAGGCCGACAACUUGUGCCAGGAAUGUGAGGAUGUCACCCGCAUCCUCACCAAUAUGACCAAGGAGGCGAUUUUCCAGGACACACUGUGGAGGUUCCUGCAGCACGAGUGCACCGUCCUCCCCAUGAGGCUGCUGGUGCCCCAGUGCCACCAAGUGCUGGACGUCUACUUCCCACGGGUCAUCGACCACUUCCAGAGCCAGAUCAACCCCAAGGCCAUCUGUGUGCACCUGGGCCUGUGCAAACCCAGGCGCCCGGAGCCAGGGCAGCAGCCGGGGCUGCCGGACCUUCUGCUGAACAAGCUGCUCCUCCCGGCGCUGCCCGGGGCCCUCGGCGGGUUGCCUGGGCCUUCCACACAGGACCUCUCUGAGCAGCGCAUCCCCCUCCCCAUCCCGUACUGCUGGCUCUGCAGGACCCUCCUCAAUCGGGUACAAGCCAUGAUCCCCAAGGGUGCGCUGGCCGUGGCGGUGGCACAAGCGUGCCACGUCGUGCCCCUGGUGGUGGGUGGCAUCUGCCAGUGCCUGGUUGAGCGCUACAGUGUCAUCCUGCUGGAUGCUUUGCUGGGCUACACGCUGCCCCAGCUUGUCUGCGGACUCAUCCUGCGGUGCUCCAGCGAGGCCGGCCUUGGGACAGCCCUCGCUGCUCCGGAGGCCCUGCCGGGGACAUGGCUGCUGCAAGGCUCCGAGUGCCGUCUCUGCAUGUCUGUGACCUCCCAGGCUGGGAACAGCACGGAACUGGCCACCCCACAGGCCACGCUCCAGGCCUGCCUUGGCUCCUGGCCGGACAGGGAAGAGUGUGAGCAGUUUGUGAAGCAGCACACACCCCGGCUGCUGGCCCUGCUGGCCCGGGGCUGGGAUGCCCACACCACCUGCCAGGCCCUGGGGGUGUGUGCAGCCACGCUCAGCCCACUCCAGUGCAUCCCUGGGUCCCUCUUCUGAUGAGAACUGGAAGUCACGCCAGUUCCUGACACCUGUCCUCAAAGCCAGGGGAGAUAAGACUUGGCUGCCCCAAGGUGCCAGGUUCUCCAUCAUGCCCGGCUUCCCCCUUGCAGAGACACCCUUCCUCCCCGCUGACUGUCACGCUAAAGGUCAGAGGUAGCACCCUAGGAUGGUUGGGGGUGGGGCAGGCGCCUCCUCCGUGACCAGGUGGGCUCCAAGGACCCUGGAGAACAGGCUUGGUCUGCUUGACAGUGAGGACCAAAGAUGACAUUCAUUCAUU